AGUAUCUGUGUCCGACGCCAUAAAACCGUAAAUAAAAUGUGCUGAGUGCGUCGUUAAAUAAAACAUUUCCUUCUUCUUCCUAUCACACGGAAAUAGACGAAGUAUUCCGAUUGACAGGUGCUUGGAGUUAUCGUUCCUUGGCGGAAAUAGUAAUCUUUUUGUGACGCAAGUUCCAGUCAUCUGUGUUUGUAAACAUUGGGGGAGAUUUUCAUCAGCAAACAAAGACGCUGUUAUUGAUACCAAUACUGCAUGAAGUGAACUAUUCAGAUGGCAGUUGUGACUUUUAAAAAGCAAAAAAUAUAUAUAUAGCAUGACUUUCUUUUCAAAAUGUUAUUUGAUUGAAAUAUUGGACGUAUAAAAUGAGCCAGUUUUGGUAAAUUUCUAAAUGAGGCCAAUGAGUGAAUGACGUACCAGUGUCAUUUGCGUACUGGAAAUGACUCGUUACUGAGUUAGCUGUUCUGAUGUCAUGAUCACUAGAAAUAGCUGUUAUAUAAUUGAUGUUGGAAUGCAAGGCUGAUCAAUCCAAUGUUUCUUUUGUGGGUUAUCGCUCUAUUACAAGAUGAAUGCAAGAUCUCAAAUUUUUGAAUUGUCUGUUGAAGGACGCCAGAUAGAAGAAGUUGUUCAGAGUAUAUUCCACACACUUUUGAUGCACAGAACUCUUGGAAAGUUUCACUACAAGCAAGAACAUAGCUAUUCUAUUGGAACAGUUGGAGUGGUUGAUGUGGAUUGUGAUUUCAUUGACUUCACUUAUGUACGCGUGGCAUCUGAGUAUCUUGAGAGCUGUAUCCGGCGAGAUGUCAGUAUGUUCCGCGAUGCUCUCAGAAGUACGGAGGAACCACAGUCUGGCCAGAUAGCUCUGGAGUUUUUCCAGAAGAAGAGAGCAAGAUGGCCGUUCCAGGCUGAAUGUAUCCCUUGGGAGGUGUGGACGGUCAAGCUGGACGUUCUCACACUGGCCAAUGAACAUGAGCGACAAGUGUGUCGAGAAAAGGUUGGAGAAAUGCUGGGAGAUAAAAUCAUGUACAUUGCCGAGAUGAUGAAUCGACACGAAUAUGUGCCAAAAAUGCCUGAUCAGUCCGAUUUGGAGUUAAUCUUUGAUACUGUCCAAUCAGAUGUACAACCAUACCUGUAUAGAAUUUCACAUCAGUCAACGGGACCGUCUUCUGCUUCAGUUGGAACAACGAUGCGAAAGUUCCUCAAGGAUACUCUGGCUUUGUGAUACACGGACUUGUCAGAUAGAUUGAUGAUGCCCCUAGAGACAGACAGAUGUGGAAACCAUUGGUGGAUACCUCUUUUAUAUCAUUGGAAUGGCUGUUGCCGGUGGAUGCCCACUUUGGUUGAUGGAUUGGGUUUUCCAAAGUGUUCAAAGAUUGUGAUAAAUGAAUUUUAAACAAUUGAUCAUGAUCAUGGAAAGUGUUCUGAAAGACAUUGGGUUGUUUCUUUUCUAUGUGAUGCAAUUUUCUGCAAGAUGUGUUAUUUGUAACCAUGCAAUAGAUAUGUGCAAAAAUGUGUGUUAGAUUGUCAAACAGGAUAGACUGCAGUGUUCGACCGACCAAUGUUUGAGAACAUCACUAGCCUUCACAGCAACUUUGGCUGGUGCCUUACGUAUCAUAGUAAAACAGUUGAUAAUUUUCUCUAGCCCAAACCAUAAAUUCACAGCCUGGACAUAGAAUUCAAAUUGGACUUCAGUAAGUGAUUGUAGCGUCAUCCGGGGACUGACAGUCUACCCUGCAUCAUGUAAUACUCUAAUCAGAAGGAUUUUCAUUUGAUCAGACUAAAAGCAAACCUUUAAUAAACCACUCACCUCUAGUUAAAUACAUUAAGUGGUCUCUUAAAGCAGUUGGUUGUUGAAUACAGGCCUAGUUGUGGUGUGUUGGAUGAUUUGUCAAAACUACAAGGCAUCCUGUCUUUAUCAAACCAUUUAUUUGCUUAAUACAUACAGUUUGUACUAUAUUGAGAGAUAUGUGAGGCAGGUAGGGUUAAUCAUUAUAAUAAAUUUCUGCUUUAUAGAGUGCUUGUUUUAACAUGUUUGCUUAAACAUCUAAAAACAUACUAGCUGCAAAAUGUGUUAGAAUAUGAAGUAAUAAUGUGUUUAGGCUACUGAAGUUCAUUUUGGGAUACCAAAUUCCCAUGGUCUACUAGAUUUUCACAUCUGCAAACUAAUACACUACGAGAGACUAGAUUUACCAGUGUCUAAAAUUCACAUUUCCUGUUUAAAUUAUAUUCUCGAAAAAUACUUACAUGUGUAAAAUACUACCUUUCCUAUAAUGCUUGCCUUUGAUCCAUUAAUUGUAAAGUUGUAUAACAUCUUAAAAAGAAAAGUGAAGGCCAUUCAACAUUUAUGUAAAACAAAAAUCUGGCCAUUUUGGUACCUCCAUCCUCCAUAUAUAAUCAUUCGUAUUCACCAAGCACUUUUCUUCCUCCUCAUUGUGACGUAACUGAUCAAUUUUGGGUUCAAUAUUUGUAUUUUUAAUUUGUUUCUUUGAUACAAGCAAUGAUAAAUAUUUAAUACUUAUUAUCAUUAUGAAAAAAGCAGCAUUUAUCUUAAAACAAUUAAGGGCUACCCCCCAAAAAAGAUGGCUACCACUGACAAAUGUUAAGGUCAAGGCGUAUAUUAACCUGUUAGUUAAAAGAUUGUUUAGUUAAUUAAAUGAAUGCCAAAGUAACCAAUAACUGAGCUUUGUACUUUCGUAUUGUGUUCAUGGAAUGUGCUCUGGUGUUGAAGAUCAUAUUAUGUUUAAUUUGUUACUAGAGAUUGGCAUUAUUUUAAGUCUUCCUUUUGAUCAGAAAGUGAGAACCAUGCAGUGUGUCUAACUUGUGUCAUGAUGGUAAUGUUAGUGAAAGAUGCAGUAACUUUGUCCCGUAGUGAUUCAUAUGGUAGUUCACUGGUAUUAGGAUUAUAAUGGUUUUGUUGGUUUCUAGUUUAGACUGUUGUAGGUUUGUGGAGAUCUCAUUCUGACUCUCCUGAUAUGAUUUAAGCAGAUUAAUGUUUAGCUUCCCUCAGCAUGUUAAUAAACAAAAUGGUACUACAAUAUGAUUAACUGUCAAUGCUCAGUAUGAUAAUGUCUUUAAUGGCUGCCCAUAAUCUAAGUUAGGGGAGCAGGUAAUCACUGUAAUCACAGGGUUUGUUCACAGUGAGGUCUGUACUAUGGGAUGAAGCUAAGCUAGCUAUAAACACGGUGUUGGGAGACAAAUAUUAUGUGAUAUUUUAUACUAAAGGUUGAAUUACAUGUAUUUCCAGUUUACAAUCAUAACAUUUAGAAUCCUAAUUUGAAAAUGUGACUAGAAUUAAUGAUCAAUUGCAUUCAUUGGAUGAUAUCUUGUGCUGGAUCAAAUUAACAUCUAAAUGAUGCAUCACAUUUAAUCAUUCAUAUCAGUCAUCCACUGAUACUCCUUAUUCAGGAUCCUGAGGUACUUGUAACUUGAUCUAAAUGGAAAUUCUUAUGAGUGUAUAUCUAUAAAAAUACGAUUCUGCGUGCUAUGAUCAUUUUGACUUUUAGAAAUUAAAAGAAAUGAUAGUUACAAGAAGUUCAGACUUGUGAUUAUGUACCUCAUUCGGUUGCCAUGAUUUAGCUACCAAGUAAGCGGUCAGUGGGGAAAGUGCUGAAUUAUGCUUCAACUUAGUAAGUGCUAGUUAUUAACAAGAGAUUCAGACUUUGUGGCUAAAUAACUUACUGUUUAACAAAAACUAUGAGGAGACAGCUUCCAAAAAAUACUAGUUGGAAGUGGAUUUAUGAUAUAUAAAAAACAGCAUGUUUCAGGACAAAGAGUGAAUUGUUUUAUGACCAAUGUUGUUUCUCGGAGUGUUUUUUUUUUUUAAAUUAGUUGAUUGGAGUAUUUGCAUGCUUUGAUGAGUAUGGCAAAGAGUGAGGUAGGAUAACAGGUUGUGGCUUGUUUUUAUAAUUUGUGUGUUAUUUUAUGCUACAUAUAGUGCUUAGGUGGAAACUUGGAUACCCUACAAAUCGGAUUCAUUCCACUUCCCAAGUAAAGUGCCAUACCAUUUGACUGUCAGAAGUUGCUCAUGUGUGAUCUGGGCUUUUGUAGUCAAUCUGAAUGAGAUAUAUCUCUUAGACUCUUAACAAGCUUGAUGCACGACUAGCAGUCGGUAAGAUUUUCUUUGUGACACCCUGGCUUAGGGACCACUAACUAUAUCUACUGAUAAUAUCUUUGAUGUUUGGAGGAUAAUUUCCAAAGGAAAUUAGUAUAGUAUUUUACCCAGGAUACAUUGCCAGCUCUGUCUACAGGAAGGUUUGGUUGUAGUUACUUUCAGUAAGCAGCAACACUUACUAUAAAACAUAAUAAAGAUUUGUGGAGGGUUUUUCUAAUCUUUGAGUUGUUUUAUUUCCAGUUUUGCCACACUGUUUCUUGCCAUCCAAGUCCACAUCCCUAGUCCUUGUUUAUUGUGUUUCACCAUCACCAGCUUGUUGCUAAUGUUUUGUUUUACGUUCUUUUUGUUGUUUGCCUCUGACAAUGAUUGUGACUGUUUGUUAAAUGAUUGUCAAAAUCUGUACUUUAUUAUAGGUAGAUUGUAGUUGUCUUUAUUACUGACAGUAUUUUUGUUGGUAUUUAUGUACUGUACUUUAAAUUAUUUACUAAGAAAGGCAACGUGUGCAUAAUGUAAAUAUUUCAUAUGGGGUUUUUUGUGUGUUUUUAAUGUGAUUUUUUUACUCCAAUCAUGUUGUAUGAAUUAUGGCAGUUAUUUUAUUGACAUAACCUUCAUUUAAAAUGUGUGUUUGUUGUUCAGGUAACUGUAAGUUAAUGUUAGAAUAACAAAUAAGUGGACAUUGUUACAUUACUAUUGAUGCUUAUGUGUUCAGGUAUUUUGAUAUUUAAGUAACUUUCAAAUAUGAAUGUUGUAUAUAGAGGAUCAUUUAGUAUGUUUGUUUUAUGAUAUUGUGGUGGAAGCAGCAGAUUGGUACCCUGUAAUCAAAGUGGAAUUAUUGAUUUGAAACCAUGUUGAAACUCAAAAAAAUUAAUUAUAUUUAAUUUGUAUUAGGUUUGUUACAGACAUAUAUAGUAUGUGUACAAUGUGCCUGACCCAGUCCGUUUUAAGUUCAAAGUGACACACUGUAUUUGAAAUUUAUUGGAUAAUGGGUAGUAUAUACAUAGAUACAAUUAUAGUUUUUUUCAAAACGUUGAAACCACCUAUUUCCACAUUUAAUUGUCAGAUGUAUUUGAUGAGAAAAACUAAACAAACAACAACAAAAAAACCCAGUAAAUAAUAAUAUACAAUAACAGGAUUUAUUUUUCUUGGACUGGUUCCAUGGUCCAUGAUUUAUAUGAUGACAUGGUAUCGGUGUAUUCCUUAAAUUUUAAUGCCCGUUGAAAUUAAAACAAUAACUAAAGACAUGUACAUGUAAAGCUAUGAACACACGUUUUAUAAACUGAGAUUGUCAAAUACUUCAUGUAUAUGGUUCGCUUGAAAACAAAGCAGCAAUUUUAAAAAAUGAAAACAUUGACAAUAGUUGCUGAAAAUGCAUGUUUGAAGAACAGGAUAGAUGAAAAGGAAACUUUUCCCGUAACCCACCAUAUUUGUGGUUUUUGUUGUGAUAACUGAUAUGUCACAGAAUAAUGUUUUUAAUUACCUUAUCAAACUGCAGGAUUUUAUAAGUUAUAGAGAUGGUUAUUAUUUAUAGUCCACAUACUAAUGUCAGAGUUUCAUAUAUAAUAUGUUGUAUAAUUUUAGCUGUACUAGGUAAUGUUUCACAUGAAUUAGUCUGUGAUUUGCAAUAGUUUAUUAUACUAGAGGAAAGUCAAGCACUUGUUGGAAGUUGGAAAAUACUCUGCUUGAAUGUUUGUUUUGCAUCAUCAUCAUUUGAUUGAUAUGUCCAAGUAUAAAUAAGUGGACUAGACAAUAUUGUAUUUUAUUGUGGAUAUUGUCAUCUGUAAAAUAAUUGUGUUACAAUAAGCUUUCUAUAUUUAUUAUUGUUUGCCAGAUGCAAAGUAAUGUGUAUUUAGUUUUUACAGGAUUAAUUCCGUUAUUUACAUAACAUUUUGAAUUUGUUUGAAUGUUAUUGUGUAAGAAGUAUGACUGUGUUUUGGGUUAGGAAAAUCGGAUUUAUAAUAUGAUGUUGUGUGUAUACGUACGACGGGAGUGAGAAAAAAUAAACCAUUUUAAUACAA